GUGUGUGUGUGUGUGUGUGUGUGUGUGAGUGUGAGCGAGUGACCUGGUGACUGUCAUCUGUGUAAUCCCAAAUCCUGCUGUGCCUGUGCCUGAAAUCCUCUCGUGGUCCGCGAUCGUUUGGGAAUACUCAACAAAAUUAGCACCAUUCCAGGUUCAUCAAAAACAUACUCUCAUGAUUUCAGCAGAGCAGGUGUGUGUGAGAGAAUGAGCUCAUGCUCUCGCUGGCAUACCUGUGAUGAUGAUGAUGAUGAUAAUGAAGGUGUAUGAAGGCAGCAGCAGUACUGUGUGACGGGCAGGUGGCCUGACCAAUCAGCUGGGAUGUCUGCUCGGGUGAGGCCUGUGGACCCACCCACUUUUCACUUGGAGGGGGUGGAGCAGGUUGCCAUGGCCACAGAGGACAUUAUAGAAAAUAAGCACCCAGAUUUCUUCAACACCAACACCAACAAUAACAAUGAAGAGACAAAAAGAAGAAAAAAGAAAGAAAAAAAGGAGAAGAAAGAGAAAAAAGAGAAGAAGGAAAAACAGGAGAAGGAAGAGAAAAAAGAAACAGAAGAGAAAGAGAAAGAGAAAGAGAAAGAGAGGAAAGAACAACCAAAGGAGAUUGAGGUUGUGGAUCCAGCAGGAAACAUGUACUACAACUGGCUCUUUGUGAUCACGUGUCCUGUUAUGUACAACUGGAUUCUCAUCAUAGCGAGAGCUUGCCUUGAGGAAUUGCAGAAAGACUAUUUGAUGUUAUGGUUCAUCCUGGAUUACUUAUCUGAUCUGAUGUAUGUGCUCGACAUGGUGUUCAGGACCAGGACAGGAUAUCUGGAGCAGGGGCUCCUGGUGAAAGACGAGAAGAAGCUUCGUGAUCGCUACAUGCAGAGCGUCCAGUUCAAGCUGGACCUGGCCUCUAUGGUUCCGACCGACAUCUUCUACUUCUACUUCGGUCUGAACUACCCCGAGAUUCGCAUGAACAAGCUACUCAGGGUCAACCGCUUGUUCGAGUUUUUCCAGCGAACCGAAACACGGACUAACUUUCCGAACGUGUUCCGAAUCUCCAACCUCGUCAUGUACAUUGUGAUCAUCAUCCACUGGAACGCCUGCAUGUAUUACUCCUUCUCCAAGGCCAUCGGCUUCGGGUCGGACGCUUUUGUGUAUCCGGACCCCUCGGACCCGGAGUUUAGCCGGUUGGUGAGAAAGUACGCAUACAGCACGCUCAUGCUCACCACCAUCGGCGAAACGCCGCCCCCUGUUAAAAACUCAGAGUACUUCUUCGUGGUAAUGGACUUCCUGGUCGGCGUACUGAUUUUUGCCACCAUCGUCGGUAACGUCGGCUCCAUGAUCACCAACGCCAACGCGGCGCGAGCAGAUUUCCAGGCUCGCAUCGACGCCAUCAAACAGUACAUGAGCUUCCGAAAGGUCACCAAAGACCUGGAGAAAAGGGUCAUCAAGUGGUUCGAUUACUUGUGGACCAACAAGAAAGCAGUCGAUGAGAGAGAAGUGCUGAAGUACCUGCCAGACAAGCUGCGGGCGGAGAUCGCUAUAAACGUCCACCUGGACACUCUGAAGAAGGUGCGCAUCUUCGCAGACUGCGAGGCCGGGCUGCUGGUGGAGCUGGUGCUGAAGCUUCAGCCGCAGGUCUACAGCCCCAGAGACUACAUCUGCAAGAAGGGUGACAUCGGCCGCGAGAUGUACAUCAUUAAGGAAGGAAAACUGGCCGUGGUGGCGGACGAUGGAGUUACGCAGUUCGUGGUGCUGAGUGACGGCAGCUACUUCGGAGAGAUCAGCAUCCUCAACAUCAAGGGCAGUAGGGCAGGCAACCGAAGAACCGCCAACAUCCGCAGCAUCGGCUAUUCUGACCUCUUCUGCCUGUCCAAAGACGACCUGAUGGAGGCGCUGACCGAAUAUCCGGACGCCAAGGCCAUGCUGGAGGAGAAGGGACGACAAAUCCUUAUGAAGGACAAUCUUCUGGAUUUAGAGCUGGCCAAGCAGGGUCCCGAUCCCAAAGACAUGGAGGAAAAGGUCAUCAAGAUCGGCAGCGUGCUGGAUGACCUUCAGAUGCGCUUCGCCCGCCUGUUAGCCGAACACGAAGCCGCACAAGGCAAACUGAAGAAGCGCGUGACUAAAUUAGAAAAGAAGAUCACAGACUCCAGCGGAGCGGCUCUCUCUGAGAUGCUGGACCCGGAACUGGCGACUGCAGAGAAGAAAGAAGAGAAGGAAUGAGAUGAAAGCUGCAGAUAAACCU